AUGCUACUGCUUCUCUCGACGACGCUGCUUCUUGCGGCCUCGCUGCAGUCGGUUGUCGGCCACGGCCACCUCGUGGACCCCGUACCCGCGUUCACGGACAAGUACGGUGACCCGUCCAAGUUUGCUGCCACUUUGAAUGGACCCACGGUGCUUCCCGGCAGCUCGUACGAACAAGGCCCGGACUGGAACACGGACCAGUUCACCAAGCACUUCAAGGCCAGCUCGUUCAAAACGCUCAAGGCCUUUUUGGACGCGUACCCGACCGGCGGCGACUGCGGUAUUACUGAUUCCAACGGCCCGGCGCAACCGUUGCCGAGCACCGUCAAGUGGGCCAACGGCCAAGAAGGCUUCAUUUCGUCGCACCAAGGACCGUGCGAGCUCUGGUGCGACGAGACGCGCGUCUUCCAGGAUGACAACUGCGCCGCCAAUGUCCCCGAUGGCUUUAUGUCGAUCGACACGUCCAAGUGCUCUGGGGCGAAGCGACUGACGAUGCUCUGGCUCGCGUUGCAUACACCAGAGUGGCAAGUGUACAAAAACUGCGUCAACCUCAGCGGCGUGGCGCCGGGUCCUGGCCCCAACCCGAACCCGAGCCCCAGCCCCAGCGGAUCAUCGGGACCUUCGCCGAGCCCGACGCCCGAGUACCCGUCGCCUCGCCCGUCGCCGCGUCCAUCGGUUAGCCCGACGCCGAGCCCGUCCGUGAACCCGAACGAUCCGAUUCAAGGCUGGAAGCAAUGCGGUGGCGCCGGCUACAGUGGCAACACCAAGUGCGUCAACGGGUUCCAGUGCACGAGCCUCUCGUUGACGUACUCGCAGUGCAUGCCCUACUCGAACAACAAGGGCCAAGUGACUCGCUACGGCCAGUGCGGCGGCUUGUACUACACGGGCAGCACCGAGUGCAGCAAAGAUGACUCGUGCGUCGCCAGCGGUCCGUGGUUCUCGCAGUGCCUCCCCGGCGCCAACUAAGGCAUGCAAUUGGUGCAAGGACUGCGUGUCGUCUCUCGUCUUCAAUAGUCUAUCUACUUGUAACUAUAUACGCUGCGUAAUGCAUGCUUGUCUACCUAUACAUGAGC